GUUGUGGAUUUUUUUCUGUGACGAACUGCGUCGUGCGGGAGCAGGAGCUUCAGGAAGUUUGGCAAUGAAGGAAGGAACCCAACUCGUGGUGAGAUUGGCUUUUGGGUUGAUUCAAAUGCCAAGGAUUGUGGCGCGUUGUACAUUGUCCUGAAGGGCGCAGUCGGGAAGUACCAAAUGGACUUGCCGCCAUGGCCGCCUGUGGAGGAGUCCAGGCGCCAGGUGAUGAACGAGCCACAGGAGAGUGCACAAAAGGAGGAGUUCGCCUCCUUGCGCCGGCGCUUCGCGCGAGCCAGCGAGGAGCUGGAGAAGCUCCGGAGCAGGCAUGAAAAAUCACCUCUCGACUGCAGCAUGCAGGAGAGCUUGAGGGUUCAUUUCUUGACGCAGCUCAUUGAGCGUCUCUCUGGAGAGCUUCAGGGUUGCGAGGUGGAGGCGGAAGAGAGGAAACCAGACCCGGAGAAGCCAGCUGCAGCCCCAACCUCCCCGAGUCGUGGAAGCGCGGGGGUGUUCCUCACAUCAGCAGAACCGGAUCUACUUGAUGAUCCUAUCGAUGACUGGGAGGACUCCUUGGAUCAAGCUGUGGCCGAACACCUCGAAGGCGACUGCUUUGGUGCCUCCCGUGGUGUCCUUGAGCGCUUCGUGGUGCACGAGGAUGCCGUUUUGCUGGUGCUCCACGCCGAUCAGCUCCGCUCGGCCACCGAGAGGUGCGAGGCGCAGCGCCGUGCACAGCGAGGGGAGAUGUUGCAACGCUCCCUGGGGGACGAGGAAGUGGCCCAGCGUUUGCUGCCCCUCUUCCGUCAGGAGCGCUACCACAAAGGCACCGUCUUGGUGAAGGCUGGCGCAAUGCCCAGUAGCUUGUGGUUGAUUGUCUCCGGGCAAUGUUCGCAGGUGAAUGAAGCAGAUUCCAAGGACG